UGUGCUCACGCUUCCUGCUAACGAAACUUCCGGUUUGACAGAGUCUCUCCAGAAAGUUCCACGCGGAGGAACAGCAGCUAUAAGAGCUGGGCAUCUUCUCCGAAACCGUCUUAAUUCAGACUAAAACUUACCUUUUAUUGGAGAGGAAAAUUGCCAACGACUUGUCAUCAUGGUUCGCGAAACAGGCUACUACGACCUUCUGGGUGUCGGUCCCAAAGCAUCUGCCGACGAAAUAAAGAAAGCCUACAGAAAACUCGCCUUGAAAUAUCACCCGGAUAAGAACCCCAAUGAGGGAGAGAAGUUUAAGCUCAUAUCCCAAGCGUAUGAUGUGCUUUCGGACCCCAAAAAGCGGGAUCUGUAUGAUCAAGGAGGGGAACAAGCAAUUAAAGAUGGUGGCAUGGGAGGAGGAUCAUCCCCCAUGGACAUUUUCAACAUGUUCUUUGGCGGCGGUGGCGGAAGGAUGCAGAGAGAAAGGAGAGGCAAGAACAUUGUCCACCAGCUGAGUGUUUCACUUGAGGACAUGUACAACGGCAGCACAAGGAAGCUCGCACUCCAGAAAAAUGUCAUAUGUGAAAAGUGUGAUGGUUACGGUGGUAAAAAAGGUGCCUUGGAGAAAUGUACCAGCUGUAAAGGAAGAGGAGUGCAGAUCAAGGUGCAACAGAUAGGACCAGGCAUGAUUCAGCAGAUUCAAAGCAUGUGUGGAGAUUGCCAUGGUCAGGGCGAGUCGUUUAGCGCAAAGGACCGCUGCAAGAACUGCAAUGGACAAAAAGUAGAGCGCAAGAAGAAAAUUCUUGAAGUCCACAUUGACAAAGGUAUGAAAGAUGGUCAGAAAAUUACAUUUCACGGAGAAGGUGACCAGGAACCAGACCUGGAGCCUGGCGAUGUCAUCAUCGUGCUGGAUCAGAAGAAUCAUAGUGUUUUUAAACGAAGUGAAGACAAUCUGAUAAUGAAGAUGAAUGUUAAACUUGUGGAGUCCCUGUGUGGAUUCAGGAAGGCUGUUAACACUCUGGACAACAGAACACUCCUUGUCAGCUCACAACCAGGGGAAGUUAUAAAGAACAAUGAAACUAAGCUGGUGCAGAACGAAGGCAUGCCAAUAUACAAGAGCCCUUAUGAAAAGGGCCAACUAAUCAUCCAGUUUGAGGUGGAGUUCCCAGAAAAACACUGGCUCCCAGAGCAUCUCAUGUACCAACUGGAAAGGCUGCUUCCUCCUAGGGAGGAUGUGCUGAUCACCGACGACACAGAGGAGGUGGAACUCUGCGAGGUGGACGAGCGGACACAACAACAGAACUACAGCAGAGAGGCGUACGAAGAAGAUGAGGAUAGUCCCAGAAGCGGGGUGCAGUGUCAGACGCAAUAACUCUAGUCUUGUCACACCCAGCCCUAGUUUGACCAAUACCUUCAAGGUUGUUGAAAGGAGCCUUUAUGAUGGAAACAAGAUUAAUUUUCAUUUUCAGGUACAGUUCAGUUCAGCUUUGGAAACCCUGCUCUGCCUUAUUCACAAAUUACACAAGUAUGGAUAUGGUGGAGCCCAACCCCACUAUUGCUAUACCAUAUUACUAUGGUCUGGAACCCAUCAGAGCGGUGGCAAAAAGUGGCAUUUCCCACUAUUUCACAAUACACUGUAUCAAGUGAUUGGAAAUGUAUUGCUUUGUGAAAGUCUUUUCAUAUUUAAUGCUCAUUAUAAAAUGUUUGUGCUCCUGUUAAAAUAAGUAGAUGCUACAAUUCUUUUACGUGUGCCCCACCCCAUACAGACAUAUUGUUGAGAAGCUGAAAAUGUCUUCCUGUAUGCUUUCUGUGAAGGUCAUUUUAGUCAUAGAAAAAACAAAAGUUAUACUUUCAAUAAAAGUCCCAGUAUGCUUAAA